AAUGACAGUUUUAAGAUGUCAACUUUAUUAAUUCCUAACGUAAUGGUAGGCUUACGCCAUAUCUGGACCAUGUCAAGUUAUUAUUGUCAUGAUGACAAAAUGCAAAUACUACUAUGUCAGAUAUCUAAUGUUUUUACCGAAAAGACUAAAAAAAUCAUUGCCUUUGAGAAAAUAUUUCGUUAUUCGGCAAAAUUUACAUAUGAUACGGCGAAAAGUUCCGAAAAUUUAUUACGUUGCUGGAAAACCGCUUAUCUAAUGAGUCGUAAGCAUAUUGAAGACUCUGGUGUCGGCUCACGUUGGGAAUUCGAUCGUAACGCUUUAUUUAAUGAAGUCGAUCAUAUUUCGCGUAUAAGUCGUGACAUUGCAACUAUCGGCAGCGUAUUUAUACAGUAUGAAAAUUUGUUUGGUACACGCUUGAAAUCUAUUAUUACAUCGCCAGCUAUGGUUGACGAUCUUAUGCGUAAAGUUUAUCGACUUUUAGACGAUAUGCUAACAAGUAUUGAUUAUGAUGUAUUCCUUCCAAGCAAUUGGGAGAAUUGGGAGUAUACAUUAGAUACAUUUAAUCGACGUUUGGAUAGCUUGGAGAGCGAAGCUAAAAGUGUAAUUGAAAGAAGCAUUACGAUGCUGCGAUCAUCGGAAUUGGGCUUAGAGCUAUUACGCGAUAUUAAUCGUAUGGACACCCGUGAAGCAUUAAAAGAAUUCAUGUCAACUAAGCAUGACAAUUUAUUGAGAUAUUUUGUCAGCGAAAUCAAUAAUGUGGAAUAUGAAUACAUUAACAAUAAAAAAAAUCCACCGAUAGGUAAACAUCAACCAGCAUAUAUUGGUGCCAUACAAUGGACCCGACUGUUAAGCAACAAAUUAAAAAUGUCUGUAUUGGCAUUUAAACGGAUGGAAAACGAACCGUCGAUCAAAAAUAGUUAUUUAAAACGUACCGCAUUUAAGGCAUACUUUGAAUUGGUGAAAAAAAUGUAUACCUUUGAAAAUAGUCUCUUCGAACGCUAUUCAACACGUGCUACGUACUUAGUGAACGCGAUAAUGCGCAAAAAUAUUCUACGAGUUGAAAUAUCGAAUAAGGAUACCCUUGCCUACAUCUCUGAUGCCUGUGAUUCAUUGAAAUUGCGUGGAAAGAAAAUGGUGGACGAGGCACGUAAUUCCGCCCAAACUGGCGGACCUUCGGGUUUCAUACGGAAAAUUACAAAGUUCACGGUUAUUGCUACAUUGAUACAAUGGUUUGUGUCGCGUAAAACGAAAACCGAUGUUCAUAUUCAAAGGGCCCAACAUUUUGUGCGCGUAAUGAAAAAUGCGAAAACUAAGAUAAGCGAGAAGGAUAAAUUUUGCUUAAAACAAUGUGAUUUAUUAUUGCGUGUUUCUAGUCAAGACGGCUUACCCACGUGGCGUUCACUGGUCGGUGAUCAUGCCUUGGUCGAAUAUGAAAUGCAAUUUACUGUUAACUUAACUAGAGAUGUGUUCGAAAUUCUAUUCGAAGGUCAGCAAUUUGAGCAUUUUGGCUUUCAAUUGCCUACCGUUCUGCGUACAGCAAUUAUGAAAAAGGAAAUGUUAUUUAACGAUUUCGAAGCUGUAUCCGAUGUAAUUGACAAUUAUAAUCACAUAUUGGGCGAAUUAUCUCUAUCUGAGGUAAACUUUUUACGUGAUCACCUGUACGAGACUGAAGUGGCGAUACAAGUUGGUGUCAGUCGUUACACAUGGCAAUCGUUUAAUAUUAAAAAAUACACUGAAUCAGUUAGUUCGUUAUUACGCAAAUUACAAUCAAUAGUAUCUCAAAUCAAUUACAUUCGGAUUGAUAUACGUAAUCGUAUUGAGCAAAUGAAAAAAUUCAAUCUUUUUUCUUUGGAUGACACAAAUGGUAAGAAAAGAGAACCGAUGAUACAAUUUAGCGCAGCAGCCGAGUCCAGCAGUAGUACCGAGAGUACUGAAAGCGAUCAACCUCAUCAUCAUCACCAUCAUAAGGUGCAAAUUGUACGCAUUAAAGAAUCCGAGGAGAGCAUUUCCGAGGAGAAAGCAGAGUGCGGUGUCGGUGUCUAUCAUUGUCACAUCUAUAUGGAACGUUUAGAACAAUUCCGCACAGAAAAAUGUUCGGCUAUGAAAAGAUUAUACGAUUCAUUGGGUCCGGUGUUAAUUAAACUUGAGAGUUUAGUUUUAGGUUCUUUUACCGGCCGAUCAGAUAAAAUGCGGGAAUAUUAUAAUGUUUGGGAAGAACAAACCUUUAGAAGCCUCUUAGAUUGGAGUUUUAAAAAUUUAGAAUGCUUUUUGGAACGACUGCUUAGCAAGAAGCCCAUGUUUGAAGUGAACGCUGUACUGGUUCUUUCUGAGAUUAUGCUUGAGCCUUCCUCAUCGCAGAUAAAGAAUAUGAUUGUUCAUGCAGUUAAAGAUUUUUUAGAACGGUUAAAACUUUUCACACGUUGGAUGGACGGCACUUGUUUGCUAUGUGCUCCAAUUGAAAAUGUAGAAGGAUUUAAAUAUAAUUUCACCUUUUACGAAGAUAUAGUUAAGUAUAGUGGCAUCACCGAUUUAGUGGUUAAAAUACAGGAGAUGGCUACACGUGUGGUUGACGAUGCAAAAUCUUGUGUUAUGAAAUUUCGUAAAUAUUACAAUCUGUGGGCAUUCGAUAAGGAAACAAUUUGUGAUAAAUUUGUGGAUCGUGGUGUGCCACUUGUACAACUCGACGAGAAAUUUGCAUUUUAUGCAAAUAUCAUUGAGGAGUUGCAGCAGUUGCCUACAGCUUUCAAUAUACAAUGUAUACGCCUAAAUUUGAAGCCACUAUUAGAUUCGAUUUGUCAGCAUGCGCAAGAGUGGUGCACAACAUUGGGCGAAAAAUUGGCUGCGAAGAAUGUUAAAAAUAUUGAUAAAAUGCGUUUAGAAAUUAAAGAACUCAGCACAAAUUUGAACAGAGCUACAAAGGAACUAAGCGACUUCAAAUUGGUUAUGCAAACUAUUGAUACAAUACAGACGACAACUCUAACAAAAGAAGUCAAAAUCCAUGAAAUGCAAGAGGCUUAUACAAUACUCAGUGAGCAUAGAAUACUUUUUAAUUUCGAUGAUAUGCUAAUGGCUCAUCAUUUGGGUAAACGUUGGCAUCGUUUGUAUCGUUCAUCGCUUUAUCGUAUGGAUAAGGUGCAACCAAUUAAACAGAAAUUUGCCGAUAUGACUUCAAUCGAAAUUAAUGGGUUUUGGAAGGAGUUGGAAGAAUUCUUUAAGGAUUACGAAGCUAACGGUCCUGGCUCAGCGGGUAACGAUUUAGAUCGCGGCUUCAAGUUAAUGGAUCCUUACGGCCAGAAAUUGAUGGCUCUUGAGCUGAAAAGACAAGAAUUGGCAAAUGCUGAAAAACUUUUUGAUAUGCCCAUGCAAGAUUACAAUGAAUUCGCACGCAUUAAAGAUGAUUACGAAGGCAUGCAAUUGAUUUUCAAAUUAUACAAAAGUCAAAAGUCAGGUCGUGAGGUAUGGUCGAAAACUUUGUGGGUCGAUUUGGAUCCCACUGUACUAACCGAAGGUGUUGAAAGCUUUUUGAAAGAAUUUCGUAAGCUACCCAAAAAUGUGCGACAGUUGCCAGUUGGUCAGGCUUUAGAGUUAAAUAUGAAACAAUUCAAAGGUACUGUACCGUUAAUGGUGAGCUUAAAGAACGAGGCUUUAAGAGAACGUCACUGGCGUCAGCUAAUGGAAAAGACUGGGCAAUACUUUGAUAUGUCACCCGAACGUUUUACUUUGGAAAAUAUGUUCGGUAUGCAAUUGCACAAAUAUCAGGAAAUUGCUGAGCAAAUCCUAAAUAAUGCCAUCAAAGAAUUGGGCAUUGAGAAGGGUGUUCGAGUAGUUGAGGAUACUUGGGCUAACAUGACAUUUAAGGUGCAUAAGCAUUAUAAAGGCCUUGAAGAACGUGGCCACACGUUGGGUGCUGUCGAUGAGAUUGUAGCAUCUCUUGAAGAAAAUGCAAUGAAUCUUCAAUCAAUGGGCGCCUCACAAUUCAUUGGACCAUUCUUAGAAACGGUCAAUAAAUGGGAACGUACUUUAUCACUUAUAUCAGAAAUAAUCGAUGAGUGGCUGGUUGUGCAACGUAAAUGGCUAUAUCUGGAGGGUAUUUUCAUUGGCGGUGAUAUACGCGCUCAAUUACCAGAUGAGGCGAAAAAAUUCGACGAUAUCGAUAAGGCUUACAGGCGCAUAAUGUUGGAUUGUGCCAAAAAUCCUUUGGUGGUACCGUUUUGUACUAUACCCGGACGUUUAACCGAUAUACAGGGCUUGGGUGUCGGUUUAGAGAAUUGUCAGAAAUCAUUGAACGAGUAUUUGGAAUCAAAGCGUCGCAUAUUUCCACGUUUCUAUUUCAUAUCUACGGAUGAAUUGUUAUCGAUCUUGGGCAGUUCGGAACCUUCGGCUGUACAAAAUCAUAUUAUUAAGAUGUACGAUAAUGUGAAAUCUUUGCGUCUUAUUAAGGAAAGCGCCAACCUAACCGUUGUUACUGCCAUGAUAUCCACCGAGGGAGAGGUACUCGAUUUUCGCCAGCAUGUGCGUGCUCAGGGUCGUGUAGAGAAUUGGAUGAACGAUGUAUUGGCUGAGAUGCGUCGCUCCAAUCGUUAUGAAACAAAAAAAGCUAUUUUCGAUUAUGGCACUGACCUCGAAAUAGCAAGGCCCGAUUGGCUUAUGAACUAUCAGUGUAUGGUAGGCUUAGCUGGGAGCCAAGUAUGGUGGACGGCCGAAGUGGAGGAAGCAUUUAAUCAAGCUCAAAAUUAUGGCAAUUUAAGAGCCAUGAAAGAUUUUUUGGCAAAACAAAACUAUCAAAUGGAAGAAUUAGUUUUGAAAGUACGUUCAAAUCUGUCGUUAAACGAUCGGAAAAAAUUCAAAUCGAUUGCCACUAUCGAUGUGCAUGCCCGCGAUAUUAUUGAGGCUUUUGUGCGUGACAACAUUUUAGAUGCCGGCGAAUUCAGUUGGGAGAGUCAAUUGCGCUUUUAUUGGUUCAAAUCUUGCGAUAAUCUGUAUGUGGUUCAGUGUACGGGAACUUUUGAAUAUGGCUACGAAUAUUUGGGUUUGAAUUCACGUUUGGUGAUUACUCCGCUAACCGAUCGUAUUUAUCUAACCAUAACACAGGCUUUAUUAAUGAAUUUGGGCGGUGCUCCUGCCGGGCCAGCUGGUACCGGUAAAACUGAGACUACGAAAGAUUUAGCUAAAGCGAUGGCUUUACUAUGCGUUGUUACUAAUUGCGGCGAAGGCAUGGAUUUCCGUGCCGUUGGCACGAUACUGUCAGGUUUAGCUCAAUGCGGUGCUUGGGGUUGUUUUGAUGAAUUCAAUCGUAUUGACAUUUCAGUACUAAGUGUGAUAUCAACGCAACUGCAAACGAUACGUAACGCUUUGAUAAGAAAACUCGAAAGAUUUGUCUUUGAAGGCAGUGAAAUUAAAAUUGAUCGGAAGGUUGGUAUAUUCGUGACCAUGAAUCCUGGCUAUGCUGGACGUACAGAAUUACCCGAAUCAGUUAAAGCUUUAUUCAGACCGGUUACUUGUAUUAAGCCCGAUUUAGAGUUAAUUUGCUUAAUUUCACUUUUCUCCGACGGUUUCCUAACAGCGAAGAUUUUGGCUAAGAAAAUGACAGUUUUAUACGCAUUGGCUCAAGAACAACUCUCCAAACAAUGCCACUAUGAUUGGGGUCUAAGAUCACUAAACUCGGUUUUGCGAAUGGCAGGCGUAAUGAGACGUCUUUCGGAAGAUCUACCCGAGGCCGUAGUGUUGAUGCGUGUACUACGUGAUAUGAACUUUCCAAAAUUCAUAUUCGAAGAUGUUCCCCUAUUUUUAGGAUUAAUUAAGGAUUUGUUUCCGGGUGUCGAUUGCCCUCGUAUUGGUUAUCCGGACUUUAAUGCUGCCGUUCGUCAUUGUCUUGUAAACGAUGGUUACAUUUUGCUACCAGAUCAGGAAGACAAAGUCGUUCAAAUGUAUGAAACAAUGAUGACCCGACAUUCAACUAUGCUGGUGGGGCCAACAGGUGGCGGUAAAACUGUUGUUAUAAAUACUCUAAUUAAAGCUCAAACUUACAUGGGUCUGCCAACCAAAUGCAUUACACUUAACCCUAAGGCUUGCACGGUAAUCGAAUUGUACGGUUUUCUGGAUCCCGAUACUAGAGAUUGGGUUGAUGGUUUAUUCUCAAAUAUAUUUCGCGAAAUGAAUAAACCAGUGGAGCGUGAGGAACGCCGUUACGUCUGCUUUGAUGGAGAUGUUGAUGCACUUUGGAUUGAGAACAUGAACUCAGUUAUGGAUGAUAAUAAGCUGCUGACAUUAGCAAAUGGUGAACGCAUUAGAUUGGAAAACCACUGUGCUCUCUUGUUUGAGGUCGGCAAUUUGAAUUAUGCUUCGCCAGCGACGGUUUCACGUGCCGGCAUGGUUUUUGUUGAUCCUAAAAACUUACGUUAUAGCCCGUAUUGGCAACGUUGGGUAUUCAGUCGGCCCGAAGCCCAAAGAGAAUUAUUACAGGAAAUGUUUGAGAAGAUUAUUAUGCAAGGUAUUGCUUUCAUACACGAAGGCCUUGAUGGUACUUCACAGGGCAAUCCAUUAAAAACAGUUAUCUAUCAAACUGAAUUGAAUAUGGUCACACAAUUUUGCAAUAUGUAUGAUGCUCUCCUGCCACCGUUCGAAAAAGUUAGCGAUAUUUUCGAAGCACCAGCGCCCAUACAAUACGAUACGGAUUCGUUAGAAUGCGGCUUUAUACAGUGCGUCUAUUCGUCACUUGGGGCAUGUUUAAUUGAAACAGACCAACCGGUAUUCGAUGAAUUCAUUAAACGCAUUUCCGGUUUCCCUUGCGUUCAGGAUGCGAAAGAUAAACCUGCAGGAGGUGGUCAAUUGCCCACAAAUAAAUCAACUCUUUAUGAAUAUUUUUAUUCGCGGGAAAACUCCUGUUGGAUAGCUUGGGAAUGGAUUGUGCCCAUAUACGAACACGAUCCUGCUAUGAAAUUCAGCGAAAUUCUAGUACCAACUGUAGAUAGUACCAGAACUGUUAAUAUAUUAUCAUUGAAUAGUGAUAUAAAACGACCCGUAUUGCUGGUGGGUGAGGCGGGUACCUCAAAAACUGCAAUUAUAUCGCAAUAUCUAAGAAAUCUUAAUAAAGAUACUAACAUUAUAUUGAAUAUUAAUUUUUCAUCAAGAACAUCUUCAAUGGAUGUGCAACGCACCCUUGAGGCUGCCGUUGAGAAACGUACAAAAGACACAUUUGGUCCACCUAUGGGUAAAAAGGUUGCUUGUUUCAUUGACGACAUGAAUAUGCCACAAGUAGAUGACUACGGUACUCAACAACCGAUCGCUUUGUUAAAACUAUUUUUUGAACGUGGUGGCCUAUAUGACCGUGACAAGGAUCUAAAUUGGAAGAAAUUUAAAGAUAUUACAUUUUAUGCGGCUAUGGGCACAGCUGGUGGUGGCCGCAACGAAGUCGAUCCACGUUUCAUCUCGAUGUUCUCCGUUUAUAAUAUAGUAUUUCCGAAUGACGAGUCGUUACAACAGAUUUACAUAUCAAUAUUCAAAGGACAUUUGGAGCAGCAACAAUUUAAGAAAAAACUUUUACCAAUCGCUGAUUUAAUUGUGCUAAUGACACUAAAACUUUAUAAGAUUAUCGUUGUUGAGCUGCCACCGACACCGUCAAAAUUCCAUUAUAUAUUCAAUUUAAAAGAUUUAUCGAGAAUAUUUGCCGGUAUGCUGCUUAUAAGUGUAAAGUACUUUAAUGAUUUACGAGAUCUAAUACGCGUAUGGCGGAACGAAUUCACACGCAUUAUAUGCGACCGUUUAAUAACAAAAGCUGAUAUUGAGUUGAUGAGGCGGCACGUGGAGAAUGAAAUACGUGAAACAUUUCCACCCAUCUUCGAGGAAGAACAAGGCUUCGUUGACCCCGCAGCUGAAGCUGCCAAAGCGGAACUGCAGGCAAUGGAUGGCGGAAUCGUUGAAGAAAAAGAAGUUAUCACCCUAAUUGACCAUGUAAUGCGUGAUCCGAUGCUAUUUGGUGAUUUUCGCAAUGCUACAAAUGAAUCUGAACCACGCUUCUAUGAGGAUUUAUUAGAUUUUGAUGCCAUUUAUCAUUUAUUCACCGAAAUUCUAGAAGAAUAUCAAGAACGUAGAGGUCGAUUGGGUUUAGUGUUAUUCGAAGAUUGUCUAGAACAUUUGACAAGAGUUCAUCGCACUUUGCGAAUGCAUCGCGGUCAUGUACUGCUCAUUGGUGUCGGUGGCAGUGGAAAAAAAUGUAUUACCAAGUUAUCUUCGUUUGCCGCAGAAUGUGAAGUUUUUGAGAUAACGGUAGCUCGAGGAUAUAACGAACAAUCGUUCCGUGAAGAUUUAAAGAUUUUGUAUACAAUGGCUGGAGUAAAACGUAAAAAAACCUCUUUCCUGUUUACAGCUGCCCAGAUUGUUGAAGAAGGUUUCCUAGAGUUAAUAAAUAAUAUAUUGACUGUAGGUUUGGUACCGGCUUUGUUCACGGACGAGGAUAAGGAUGGCAUUGUAAAUGCAUGUCGAGCUCAAGCUGAAGAAGCAGGCUUUUCAGCUUCCAAAGAUUCCGUUUGGGCUUACUUUUUGGGACUUUGCGCUGAAAAUAUGCACGUUGUCUUAUGUAUGUCGCCAUCCGGUGAUGCUUUACGUAAUCGCUGUCGUAGUUUUCCCGGCUUAAUUGGAAGCACUUAUAUUGAUUGGGUAUUUCCUUGGCCUAGGCAAGCGUUGCACGCAGUAGCUCAACUUUUCUUGGAAGGAAACGUUCUUAUACCAGCUGAGCAUCGUGAGAACAUUGUGGAGCACGUGGUACACGUGCAUUCUACUAUGCAUCCCUAUUCGGUGUCGUAUAUGCAAAAAUUGCGUCGAAAUAAUUAUGUGACUCCCAAACACUACUUAGAUUACAUUAAUACUUAUCUAAAAUUACUUGAUGAAAAGAAUACUUUUAUAACAAUGCAACGUGAUCGUCUCAAGGAGGGCUUACAUAAAAUUGAUGAAGCUUCUAAGCAGAUCGACGAAUUACGUAUUAUUGUCACGGAACAGAAACGCAACGUAGCCAUAGCUGCCGAAGAGUGUGAACAAAUGUUGGUAGAAAUUGAAGAUGCGACUGUCAAAGCAAAUAUAAAGAAAACUGAGGCAUCAGAAAAAUCGGUGGAAGUCGAAAUUAAAGGCAAACAAAUUGCUAUUGAGAAAGCCGACGCCGAGGUAGCUCUGGCUGAAGCUAUGCCCGCUUUAGAAGAGGCCAGACGCGCACUUUCCGAAUUGGAUAAAGCUCAAAUUACUGAAAUUCGUUCUUUUGCCACGCCCCCACCUCAAGUGCAAGUUGUAUGCGAAUGUGUUGCUAUUCUGAAGGGAUAUCGUGAAAUUAAUUGGAAGACAGCCAAGGGCAUGAUGGCCGAUGUCGCCUUCUUACGGAGUCUUAUGGAAAUGGAUUGUGAAGCCUUGACUGCCAAACAAAUCAAUAGCUGCCGAGCACAUAUGAAAUCUUCCAAUCUCGAUGAUAUGGAAAAGAUUUCAGUUGCGGGCAAUGGAUUAUUGAAAUUUGUAAAAGCAGUUCUUGGCUUUUACGAAGUGUACCGUGAAGUGAAACCGAAAAAGGAUCGAGUAGAUUUCUUGGUCCAAGAACAAGAUCAACAAAUCAAAUUAUUAAAUCAUUUAAAUGCUGAAAUUGCUAAAUUGGAAGCUCAAUUAGACAGUUUAAAUCAACGUUACGCCGAAUCGAUGAAACAAAUGAAAGCGUUAACCGAGAUGAUGGAGCAGGCUCAAAGGCGUUUGACAGCAUCCGAUAAAUUGAUUAGCGGCCUAAGCUCAGAACGUAUACGUUGGGGCCAUGACUACGAUAACUAUGGCCAACAGUUAGUAGUAAUGGUGGGUCAGUGUUUGCUAUGCGCUUCAUUUCUAGCCUAUACUGGAGCUUUCUCUUGGGAAUUUCGUAAAACUAUGAUUUUUGAUGAUUGGUUAGAAGAUGUCUGCAAUCGCGAAAUACCAAUUCAGUUACCUUUUCGCUUAGAUGAAAAUCUUACUACCGAUGUAGAAGUUUCUACUUGGUCUUCGGAAGGUCUACCACCCGAUGAGUUGUCCGUGCAAAACGGUAUUCUAACAGUAAGGGCAUCUCGUUUUCCGUUAUGCAUUGAUCCUCAGCUACAAGCUUGGACAUGGAUUAAGAAAAAGGAACAGCGCAACAAUUUGAAAUGUCUCUCGUUUAACGAUCCGGAUUUUCUAAAGCAAUUGGAAAUGUCAAUUAUGUUUGCCAUACCAGUUUUAUUUGAGGAUGUCGACGAUUAUAUCGAUCCAGUUAUCGAUAAUAUUUUGCAAAAGAAUGUGCAAACCGUUAGCGGUCGGAAAUUUAUUAUAUUGGGCGAUAAAGAAGUAGAUUAUGAUCCUAAUUUUCGUUUAUAUUUAACCACAAAAUUCUCUAAUCCAAAAUUUGAUCCGGCUGUCUACGCUAAAGCAGUCGUAAUUAAUUAUACGGUAACACAAACCGGCCUAGAAGAUCAAUUAUUAAGCGUAGUUGUAAGAGCUGAGCGACCUGAUUUAGAAUCACAACGUGAAAGCUUAAUUGCACGAACCAGUGAGAAUAAGCAAUUGCUGCAGCAAUUAGAAGACUCAUUGCUCAGGGAAUUGGCCACUUCGACCGGUAACAUGCUGGAUAAUGUAGAAUUGAUUGAGACAUUGGAAAAUACAAAAUCGAAAGCCGCUGUGGUUUUGGAACAGUUAAAGCUUUCAGCCGAAACCCAAAAGGAUAUUGAAAAACUAAGAGAUGGUUACAGACCGGCGGCUAAACGAGGAGCCGUACUCUUCUUUGCCCUAUCCGAUAUGUCUACUGUUAACGCGAUGUAUCAGUAUGCCUUGGCGGCCUAUUUGGAUGUGUUUACGUUUUCGUUACGCAAGUCCGUACCGGAUACAGUCCUAAAUAAACGCUUAAAUAAUAUCAUAAAGACGUUAACCGAGAAUGUUUAUUAUUAUGGUUGUACGGGCAUCUUCGAAAGGCAUAAAUUAUUAUACUCAUUUCAAAUUGCUACUAAGCUAGGACAACGCGAUGGUACUUUAUCGCAAUCGGAAUUAGAUUUCUUUAUAAAAGGUUCGGUAGCGCUGACAAAAAGUGCUUGGGCUUGUCCAGUCAAAUGGUUAACCGAUAAGAAUUGGGAGGAUAUUCUAAAAUUGUCAACAGAAUUUCCCGAACAUUUUGAAACUCUACCCGAUCAUAUAGGAAAAAAUGCAGCAGAAUGGAAAGAGUGGUACGAUUUGGAAAAUCCUGAAGAAGUCGCCUGCCCUGCUGAAUAUAAUAUUAAGUGCAAUUCAUUCCAGAAAUUAAUGUUUUUACGUUGUUUCCGUGUUGAUCGCAUAUUCCGUUCGAUAAAUCAAUAUAUUGUCGAUACAAUGGACGAGUUUUUCAUAAUGCCGCCGGUGGUAAGUUUCAUAAACAUAUUCGAGCAAACAACCUGCAACAUACCGGUAGUAUUCAUAUUGAGUGCCGGUUCUGAUCCCACAAAUGAUUUGAUGAAAUUGGCGGAGCAAGUUGGCGGUGGCCUGGGUAACUUUUGUCACAUAUCAUUGGGACAAGGGCAGGAAAAGGCUGCUAUACGUUUAUUAGAAACGUCCAUACAACAGGGCAUGUGGCUGAUGCUACAAAAUGGUCAUUUAUUAAUUAGUUUUGUCCGUCAAUUGGAAAAGUAUUUAGAAAAGGUCGAACAACCUCAUCCCGAUUUUCGUUUAUGGAUUACCACAGAUGCCAGCGAUAAUUUCCCAAUUGGUAUUUUACAAAAAUCAUUAAAAGUUGUUACCGAACCGCCAAAUGGCUUGAAAUUAAAUUUACGCUCAACGUUUUUCAAAGUACGUCAAGAUCGGUUAGAGUGCUGUCCACACAAAGCAUUUUUACCGGUAGUCUAUGUUUUGGCAUUUUUCCACGGUGUUGUGCAAGAACGACGUAAAUACGAUAAAUUAGGUUGGAAUAUAAGUUACGAUUUCAAUGAAUCGGAUUUUAAUGUUUGCCUGGAAAUCUUGCAAACCUACUUAAAUCGCAUUACCGAUGAACGUGUACCGUGGAAUAGUUUAAAAUAUUUAAUCGGCGAGGUUAUGUAUGGCGGACGUGUGAUUGAUGAUUUUGAUCGUCGUAUUACACGCACUUAUAUGAAUGAAUAUAUGGGUGAUUUCCUGUUCGACACCUUUCAACCGUUUCACUUUUACAUUGACGAGCAUACCGAUUAUUGUUUGCCAGAGGAGGAAACAGUGUUAAAAGAAGAUUUCAUAGAGCAUAUUGACAAAUUAGCUUUGGUAAAUAAACCGGAUGUAUUUGGUUUACAUCCGAAUGCUGAAAUCGGUUAUUAUACGCUCGCUACACGCAGUAUCUGGAACAGUUUAAUCGAAUUACAACCACAAACAGGUGAGGCUUCUGGAGGUAUUAGCCGUGACGAUUUUAUCGAUAACGUAGCGGCCGGUAUAUUGGAAAAAUUGCCGGCAGCUUUCGAGACUUGGCGCAUUAAAAAGCAAUUGCAAAUGUCUCUCACGCCUACCGGCGUUGUCCUCCUACAAGAAUUAGAUCGUUUCAAUUUAUUGGUGAUACGUAUUAAAAAAACUUUGGAACUUUUAAGAAAGGCUAUAGCUGGUGAAAUCGGUAUGGAUACGAUAUUGGAUAAUAUCGGCAAUUCGUUAUUUAAUGGUUUACUGCCAGCGUAUUGGAGUAAAUUGGCUCCAGCUACUUGCAAGCAACUCGCCAGCUGGUUGGAACAUUUACAGCAACGUAAUACGCAAUUCAAAUAUUGGUCCAUGUCAGGUGAACCUUUAGUUAUGUGGCUUUCCGGUUUGCAUAUACCGCAAAGUUAUUUAACCGCUUUAAUACAGAUGGCUUGUCGUAAAAACGGUUGGCCACUGGAUCGUUCUAUUAUGUAUACUGAAGUUAUAAAUAUCAUCGAUUGCGAUGAUAUUGAAGAACGACCACCGACUGGAUGCUAUAUUCAAGGUUUAUAUAUAGAAGGUGCUCGUUGGGAUAUGGACAAAAUGGAAUUGGGACGUUCGCAUCCAAAAAUAUUGGUUGAAGAUUUACCGAUUUUAUCUGUUAUACCCAUAGAGGCACAUCGGGUUAAAUUACAAAAUACAUAUCGUUCACCGGUUUAUACCACUUCCCUAAGACGUAACGCUAUGGGUAUUGGUUUAGUUUUUGAAGCGGACUUGGCAACUACUGAAGAUUUAAGUCAUUGGGUUCUACAAGGCGUUUGUUUAACCUUAAAUCGUGAUUAA